UAUUUAGCACCUACUUUGCUUUUGAAAACAAAGCCAACACUUCUUCCCAUGUCAGAAAGUCCCCUUUCCCCCCUCUUUCCCAUAAUAAGGGUAUUUAUUGGUCAAAAUAUAUAUAUUGUAUUGUUUUUAUUUUAUUGUUGUUUUCCUUGUGGUGAGAUUGUGCUGCCAUGUUGUGUGUCUGUGUGUGUGGUGUCCUUAUCCACUUAUUCUUUCACUCUGGCUGAUGGGUGGUGAACCUUCAGCUUCUGGAUAAAGAUGUUAUUACCUAAGAGGCAAAUGGAUCAAAGCAUUUUGUGCAGUGGGCAGGAACUGGGACCUUUCAAAAUACUCCUUUUCCUUGCUGCCACCAGGAAAAGAAAAAUAUCUGUGUGGGAAUUUUUUAAAAAUCCAUUUUUUAAAUAAUUAUUGGCGGGGUGAGGGUUUUUUUGGGGAGGAAGCAUCGAUAGAGACAAUAAAUGCAGAAAGGUGGGAAGAGUGAGAUAUUCUUGUCACCGUCUUUGAACUGUUUGCUCAUUGAGUUGAAACACCUCGGUGUCAGGUCAGAAAGUAUUACUUUGCAAGGAGAAGGGAGAAAGAAGGGACAGAUUCUGACAGGUCGAUGGGAAUAUUAGAAACCCCCACCUUAGCAGUAGAAAACACUGAAAUUAAUUAAUUUCUGGGAGGUAUUAAUUUUUCCAGGCGUUAGAAACACUCUCAGUGUGCAUCCUCACGCUUGAAGUUGCCUUUGUUUACAUGCCACGAGUUUGAAUAAGUUAAGACUUUGCUCAGUUUUUGGGAACUCCAAGCACGCUUCGGUUUGGGGUCGGGGUGGUUAAUAAAUCCCCACACCCUAUGUGUGUGUGUGUGCAGUUGCAAGCCUGUACUUCGACUGGCCAAAGCAGAGGGUUGUUGUUGUUUUUCUCCCUCUUUCCCCCUUUGCAUCUGCAAGGAAACAGAUUAUCCUUGCUCCUUUGCCACUCGUGGUUUUUUUUACCCUUUUUGGAAACCCAGGAGUUUGUUCUAUUAUUUAUUUAUUUAUUAAAUUUAAAAGGGGGAAGGGGAAAAAAAACCCUAACCCUUUAAGAGCAAACGCGGUUCUCGAGUGCCUCCUGCCCUUCCCAGGCAGGACAACUCCAUUGAAAAAUUGCAGCGCCAUGCCUAUCUAGGCAGAAGUGUGGCUGGACUGGGACCUGGCUGUUUCGGCAGCGGGAGCAAGAGAGGAGAAGGAAGGAAGGAAGGAAGGAAAGAAGGCAGCCCCCCCCCCCUGCACCGCACCCCUCCCUCCCCAAAUAACGCCUGCAAGCCUCUUGGCCAGAGAGACUCCGGCUGGUAAAUAAGAGCCGCCGAUCUCCGGAGGAAAAGGGGCCUCUCGGAAAUUGCCACAACUGGGAGGCUGGAGGCUAUGGCCAUGGAUUUCUGGCUCUCUGGAAAGCAGCUUGGAGCGGUUCAGCGAGGCAGGAUGCCUCCGAGCCAGCCGAACCCGGGCCAGUACGCGCUGACCAACGGCGACCCGCUGAACGGGCACUGCUACCUGUCGGGCUACAUCUCGCUGCUGCUGCGGGCCGAGCCCUACCCGACGUCGCGCUACGGGAGCCAGUGCAUGCAGCCCAACAACAUCAUGGGCAUCGAGAACAUCUGCGAGCUGGCGGCGCGGCUGCUCUUCAGCGCCGUCGAGUGGGCGCGCAACAUCCCCUUCUUCCCGGACCUGCAGAUCACCGACCAGGUGGCCCUGCUGCGCCUCACCUGGAGCGAGCUCUUCGUGCUCAACGCCGCCCAGUGCUCCAUGCCGCUGCACGUGGCCCCGCUCCUCGCCGCCGCCGGCCUCCACGCCUCGCCCAUGUCCGCCGACCGCGUGGUGGCCUUCAUGGACCACAUCCGCAUCUUCCAGGAGCAGGUGGAGAAGCUCAAGGCGCUGCACGUCGACUCCGCCGAGUACAGCUGCCUCAAAGCCAUCGUCCUCUUCACCUCAGACGCGUGUGGCCUGUCGGACGCAGCGCACAUCGAGAGCCUGCAGGAGAAGUCCCAAUGCGCGCUGGAGGAGUACGUGCGGAGCCAGUACCCGAACCAGCCCAGUCGCUUCGGGAAGCUGCUCCUGCGGUUGCCUUCGCUGCGCACCGUCUCCUCCUCCGUCAUCGAGCAGCUCUUCUUCGUCCGCCUGGUAGGUAAAACCCCCAUCGAGACGCUCAUCCGAGACAUGCUGCUCUCCGGCAGCAGCUUCAACUGGCCUUACAUGUCCAUCCAGUGCUCCUAGAGCGCCCGCCUCGUGGCCUCCCCGCGCUUAGAAGCCCCCCCAGAGAGAAAGAAAGAGAAAGAAAGAGAAGGAAGGAAGAAGGAAGAGAAGGCCGUGGCAUCGCUCCUCCAGGAGAGCGACCCAAAUCGCCCUUUCGGGGAGGUGGACGAGGCACAUUGGCGAGCGGGAGGGGACCCUGAAGGGCAAGGACUCGCCUUCCGUCUCUUCCUUUGGGCGAUGGAGCCUCCAGACAGAGCCAGCUCUUGCUUGUGGAAGGAAGGCAACCAGGAACGCUGGGACUGGGGAGCCAACUUUGAAUGCUUCGGGACAAACAAUGAAAGAGGAAAGGAUUGGCCUCUUCUGCCCCUCUCCCCAGCUCGCACUGCCUCCCUCCUGUGUGCCCCCUCUCCUCCUCUUCCUCCUCCUCCCCCUCAAAAAAGAAGACACCUAGAAUGGAUUUUCUUGGAUUUAUGACGGACUGAGGUGGAGAUUGAAGCGUCUCUGUACAGCCAACCCAACCCCACAGUUUAAAAAAACACAGGAAAACAAACAAACAAACCAAGGAAUGGUAGAAAAAUGUCAGAAACUGGAGCCGACUUGACUCUGAGGGGCGGGCCAAGGGAGAGGGACCCACAGGCACGCACUGACCACGAACAUUGUUCUUCAUUUUGUAAAAUAUUAGUCUUUAUUUUCACUUUUUUUGUAAAAAUUUAAAAACAUCGUAUGCGCAUAAAAGAGAGGGGGAAAAAGAAGAGAGAGAGAGAGAGAGGAAAAAAAGAAGGGAGGGUCAAGAGGAAAAGAGAGAGAAAACACAAGAAAACACAACCAGAAACUGGGGGGAAAAUAACAUUUUCCAAAUAAUUAUUAAAAAAAACAAGGAAUUGUUCUGUGUGUAUGUA